AUGGAAGGUGAAGACCCCCCUAAGAUGCGUAACUUCAUGUGGCAAGCUUGUUCUCAUUGUCUUCGUACGGCUGAUUUGUUACGAUCUAAAAGAGUGGACUGUGAAACUAAAUGCGUGCUAUGCUCUACAUCUGACAAAUCUAUUAUGCACCUUCUUAUUGAAUGUCCAUUUGCAAAAGCUUGUUGGGGGAUUGCAUGUCUUAAUCUGUUUGACGGAAACUCAUCAUCGUUGCCUGAGUGGGUUGAGCAGAAUACAAAAAAAUUAGGCUGUGAACAGAGAGUUCUGAGGGCAAAGUCACACUUCAUGGAGUGGAAAACAUUAAAUGAAAAGGAAUUGGUGGAUCAAGCGCAUGUGGUCUCCUCUAAAUGGACAAAACCGGAACCAGGUUGGUUAAAAAUCAAUGUUGAUGCACCUUUGGACGUCCGAAAAGGUGGUAUGGGGUUUGGUUGGGUAAUCAGGGAUGCCAAUGGUAUUUUCAAGGCCGCAAGAGCUGUCCCAGUCACCGGUGUGUGUUCACCAACCGAAGCAGAAACAAUGGCCAUCCGCGAGUUGUUAAGUUGGCUAAAAGAUCAAUCUCCCUCGCAUGUUCUUAUUGAAACUGAUGCUCUCAAAGUGGUUCAAGGCCUUAACUCACGCUCCUUUGAUUCUGCUUUUGAUUUGCUUUUAUGUGAUGUUAGAGAUCUUUUACGUAGCUUUUCCAGUACGUUUAUCUCAUUUGUCAAGCGAUCAGCGAAUAGGGCUGCUCACCUCGUAGCUAGAGAAGCUCUUUCUUUGUCUGAUUGUAGGGUAUGGACUGAUCAUCCUCCCUCCUUCCUUUGUAAUGUUCUAUCUUCGGACCUUUGUUAA